AUGGCCAGCGCCGUAGCAAACCUCCGCGCAGUCAAUGCAGGCAACGCCAGGUUCAACAACGAAGCUCUGUCCUGGGACUCCCGCCCCUUUGUCAACGAAGCCAGCCAAGCCGCCGCGAAAGCCAUUACCGCGAAGUGGAAAGCUAUUGACUGGCAUCCCAAGCAGGUUCUCGAGAUCGGCUGCGGGACUGGCAUAUUGUCCUUCCUGAUCGCACCGCAUGUCGACCGAGUGGUGGCGGUAGAUGCUGCGGAGGGCAUGAUCGACGUCCUGAAGCAGAAGAUCGAAAGGCCAAAUGCACCGAAGAACAUCCUACCCGUGGCGGUUCUGCUAGAAGAUCCCGAGGACGGGAGUCUUCCGCCUGCUGAUGCCGGGAAGCCAGACGGAGAGAGGCAGAAGUUUGACCUGAUCACAUCGCAUUUGGUCCUCCAUCACAUUCCCGACUUGAAGGGCGUGCUCGAGACGAUGCUCGGCUGCCUUGCGCCUGGUGGGCGGGUAAUGUUGACGGAUUUCCAGGAUUAUGGGCCUGAAGCGAAGCGCUUCCAUCCGCAGUCGAAGUUUGAGGGGGUCGAGAGGCACGGGAUUAAUGGUGAGACGAUGAGCGCGCUGAUGAAGGAGGUCGGCUUCUCGAAGGUCAGCGUACAGCCGGAGUGGAGUAUGCCGAAGACGGUUGAGAAGUUUCCGGGAGAGUUUGGUGCGGAGGGAAAGCCAGCGGAUGGUUCUCAGGGGGAAGAGGUGGAUGUGCCGUUCGUUCUGUGCUAUGGAGAGCGUCCUGGAUAG